AACGAGAACUCUAGAGGGCGACAUAGAAGUAACAAAUUGCAGACGACGUAAACAAAAUUAACCUUUUCGAGAUGGAUUCUGAAGUUACCCUGUUAUUCACUGCAAGGUCUCCUAUGGGCAUCCCAAAACAGUCAAUUCAUGUUGUGCUAAGCAAAGACUACAAUCGAUCCAUCCUGCCAGAACAUGAGGAACAUUUAGAAGAAAUCUGGCAGCAGCGUCUGUCAAAGAACCCUCACCUUUACAAUGGCUCCAAGUUUCGAUUCCAUGACAUCUUGGAGGACCCAGCAGAAGGCGGUGUGUCUUUUCACCUUGGUCUAACAGACUACAGGGAAUUCCAGGUCACCAACUGGGCACCCAAUGCAGAAGAACUUCUCCAGCUGGGGAGCAAAGAUAUGGGGCGGACUCAAGCAUACAUGUCGGAUCCCCUUGGUGUAGGAUCCUUCGUGUUGACGGCUGAUGGGUUUGUUAUCUUCAUCAGGAGGAGUAGUAGGGUAGGAGAAGCAGUGGGAUUAUGGGAUAUACCAGGAGGUCAUCCAGAACCAAAGGAAGUUAAAGGAGGAUCAGCCAAUCUCAAUGACAUGACCAUAAGUGACUUAGACCCUGCUGCAGUGGUGGAUGAGAUCUUCCAGUCAACUCUUAAUGAGAUACGAGAUGAAAUCAACAUCCCUCUGGAGCACCUAAGUGAACCUGUUCUUAUGGGCGUGGCUCUCAAUCACACCAGCUCUGGAAGACCUAGCUCAGAGUACUUUGUCAAAUGUGACCUCCCUUCGAAAGAGGUCAAGAGAUUGUAUCAACUGGGCGGGGCUGAAGCAGACGAGUCUUCAAGCUUAAAGCUGGUAUCAAUCAAGGAUAUUCCAUCCUUACCUUCGUCUCCCAUGUGGUCAGAGAUGUGUCCAUCAGGAAAAGGGUGUGUUCUCCUCUACAACUCACUCAUGUCAGAUAGGUGAUGACAGGCAGG